AUGAAGUUGAUCUGGAGCACAACUCUUCUGGGGAUCGCCAUCCUGCUCGUCGGGUGCGGGGCCUUCAGCCUGCCCAAUGCCCCCGAUAAUCUCACCAAGGAACAACGUGCCACAGCUAUCGUCUCAGCCAGCAUGGCGGAGGAGAUAAGCCGCGAGUACCUGAAGUACCACCGGACUGGCAUCGAGACUGAGCGCCUGAAGCAACUGGGCCAGGACAUGCGGAACAGCCACAGCAAGAAGGCCAUCUUCACGGAGUCCAUGGCCGAGCUGGCGUCCACCGAUCAGUUCUUCGUGUGCACCCUGUGCAGGUCAACCAUAAAUGUGUUUGCCCGAACUUUCACCGAGGGAGAACUGAGUGGUCCGCAGAGGGACGAGGAGGCCAAGAAGCUGCUGCUGGGUCUCUGCGACUACUUUGCCAUUAGCACCCAGGAGGUGUGCACCGGAUUGUUCGACCUCAACUGGCCCAUCUUCGACUUCAUCCUGAACGAAACCGUGGCCAGCUCGCAGUCCUUCUGCAGCAUGCUGCCCAUUGCCAUCUGCCAGGUGAAGCAGGACGAGUACAACCUCACCCUGACCAUCCAGGGGGACCUGCCCACGGAGUCCAACUCGAAACUGCCCGCCAAGAGCUCCGAGGACAUCCUGAUUCUGCAGCUCACCGAUAUCCACUACGACCCGGGAUACGUCGUUGGCAGCAAUGCAGACUGCGAUGAGCCCAUGUGCUGCCGGAAUCCCUUAGACGCGGGAUCCGAUUCCUCGGCGGCGGCUGGUUACUGGUCGGACUACCGCGACUGCGACGCCCCCAUCCACCUCAUCCUGAGCGCCCUCAAUCACAUCAAGGAGAACCACAAGAUCGAGUGGAUCUACCACACGGGGGAUGUUCCGCCGCACAACGUCUGGUCCACCACCAGGCAGGGAAACAUGGACAUGCUGACCGAAAUCGACGGACUGCUGGCAGAGUACUUCCCGAACACGCCCAUCUACCCCUGCCUCGGAAACCACGAACCCCAUCCGGCGAAUGUUUUCGGCAAUGAUGAGGUGCCAGCCGACCUGAAGAGUGACUGGCUCUACAAGCACGUGUGGAGUCUGUGGUCCAAGUGGUUGCCAGCGGAGGCGGAGACCACCGUCCUGCGGGGAGGAUACUACACUGUUUCGCCGAGCCAAGGACACAGGAUUGUGGCGCUGAACAGCAUGGACUGCUACCUGUACAACUGGUGGUUGUUCUACAACGCCACCUUGAUCCAGGAGCAACUGCAGUGGUUCCACGACACUUUGUUGUCCGCCGAGGAGGCGGGUGAAUCGGUUCACAUCCUGACUCACAUCCCCGCUGGCGACGGCGACUGCUGGAGCAGUUGGGCCAAGGAGUACAACAGGGUGUUGACCCGCUUCAACGGCAUCAUAACCGGAGUGUUCAGCGGUCACACCCACAAGGACGAGAUGAAUCUGCACUACUCCGAGGAGGGUCAUGCCACGGUGGUCAACUGGAACGGCGGCAGCCUGACCCCCUACUCGAACACGAACCCCAACUACCGGCUGUACGAGCUGAGUCCCGAGAACUGGCAGGUCCUGGAGCACCACACCUACAAGUUCAACCUGACGGAGGCGAACCUGAAGCCCGAUGAGCAGCCAAAGUGGGAGCUGGAGUACCAGUUCACCAAGGAGUUCACCGAGGACACCAGUCCCGCGGGAAUCGAUCGCUUGCUGGUGGAAAUGGCUGAGAAGCCGGCCUUGCUGAGGAAGUUCUGGAGGAAUAAGUUCACCAACUCCGAUCCCAAGUUGGCGGAGGGAUGCGAUGACACCUGCCUGAGUAAGACAAUCUGCAGGCUCGCCACCAGUAAUUACCAGGAGCGCACUCGCUGCAAGGAACUGCAGGCCAUUCUGGCUGAAAGUCUGGAAAAUGAGGAAAUUACCGAUGAUAACGAUGGAGGAGGAGCUUCCGGGCUCACUGCCAUCAGUUUGGCCUCCCUUUUGGCGAUUCUAACUGCAUCUAAACUUAUUCUAUAAGACUUAUCAAUACCCCCAGUCUAUAAUAUAGCCACAUUAUAAAUGGCGAUAAUCGCACCCGUAAAACGGGUCAUAAAACAACUAAGGAAAGACCCGAACCCCUGGAGAUAAAUAUAAACGAAACAAUAAACACACUCGAUUCUUGUAGUCAACACUCAGAA